ACAGAGAGGAUUUUAGACUUUUCUUCUCACAGGAAUGUUUUCAUCUGUGCUGAGACAAGACAAGGGGUUUAGCUGUGGUGGCUUGUUGAGCACUGGGCAUUGAUAAGGUCAGAGUAGGAGGGAGGGCACCGGGCAGAAUCCCAGUGAAAACUGCCUGAGAGAAGUUUAUCUUUGGUGCUGCAGUUUCCUCAGUGGCUCAGGAGAACAUGGCCUCGCUGUGAAGUGAAGAGGUCACCAAGUGACUGAAAGAAAUGAACUUUAUCAGGAGCUGAGAAGGCCUUUCUCCUGGUUUUGCCAAUAAAGCUGAGGGGACAGUUGUAAGACGGUAUGGCAGACUGGAACUUGUUAGGGAAGCUGCUUGAAAGUGCUCAAGAGCACUCCACUGUAGUGGGCAAAGUCUGGUUGACGGUGCUGUUCAUCUUCCGCAUCCUGGUGCUGGGGGCUGCUGCUGAGAAGGUGUGGGGCGACGAGCAGUCCAGCUUCACGUGUGACACCAAGCAGCCUGGUUGUCAGAACGUCUGCUAUGACACGACCUUCCCCAUUUCUCACAUCCGCUUCUGGGUGAUGCAGAUCAUCUUUGUCUCCACGCCCACUCUCAUUUAUCUUGGUCAUAUCCUUCAUUUGGUCCGUAUGGAGGAGAAGGAGAAGCAGAAACAAAAGGAGCUUGAAGACCAGCAGCAGGUACUCUGCCAUAAGGACAAAAAGCCCUCAGUUAAAGACAAACAGGGCCAUGCACGUUUACAAGGUGCGCUGCUGCGGACCUAUGUCUUCAACAUUAUUUUUAAGACCCUGUUUGAGGUAGCGUUUAUUGUAGCUCAGUAUUUUCUAUAUGGCUUUGAGCUCAAGGCCAUGUACACCUGCGACCGCUGGCCUUGCCCAAACAUGGUGAACUGCUACAUCUCCCGCCCCACUGAGAAGACAAUCUUCAUCCUUUUCAUGCUGGCUGUAGCCUGCGUCUCACUGCUGCUCAACCUGGUGGAAAUGUACCAUCUAGGUUUUACAAAGUGCCACCAGGGUCUUCGUUACAGGAGUUCAAAAGCCGCACGUGAAGGUUCCAAAGCCCUAAGUGAGCCGGUCAUGCCCUUUGUCCCAAACUAUAACUAUUUUGGAGGUCAUUCUGCUGUGCCUGAACCUUUCCCUACAGACUCAAAGUACGGCAUGCCAGAACCAAACUCUGCUUACAGCCCCUACAACAGCAAGGUGGCCUACAAGCAGAACAGAGAUAAUAUGGCUGUGGAGAGGAAAGGCAAAGCGGAAGAAAAUGAUAUGAAGGGGAGGAAAAUCUCCAGUCCUGUCCUUGAGAUGUCCAUCGAAAAUCAGCGCAGAAACAGCCAGUCAAGCAAGCACAGCAACUUUAAGAACAGGAUGGAUGACCUGAAGAUCUAAGAAUCUACUGAAUAUUAAUGCAAGAAGACUCAGGAAAAACUGGAGACACCAACAUGUAAUAAUAUGUAAAAUAUGAGUGUGAAAGACGUUAGGGGAAAAAUUAGGUAAACACAAAGCAGAUAAAAGACUGGAAGCCAAGAUUUAAGAGCACUCAGGGAGACACGCUGGAGGCAGAGCAUGUGUUAAGUAAAGUGUUGUGAUUAUAAUGUGAAAAAUAAUAACAGCAGGCUUUAGUGAAAACAUCUUACAACUUCAACUGGAGCCAUUUCUUAGAUCAGAUAAUCUCCUUAUGUUAAUAGCAAGGAAGCUCAUAAGAAAAGAGCAAGUGUUUAGAACGCUGGUUUAACCUCAUGACACUAUUUUACUUUGUUUCCACUCUGACAGAUACAUGUGAAAACCAUAAGAAAAGAAGGCUUUACUUAAACUACAAAUUAUAUUUUUGUCAUUGAUGAUCUUUCAUAUUUGUGUGCAUAUUUUUAUGCAGACCAGGUAACUCAAAACAUUUUUGUUUACAGCUGUAUUACUUAAAUGAGUACUGUGAGAUGAGAAUAGAAGAUAAAAUAAGCAAUACUGGACUAAUAAGAAUGUUUUACUGAAACAAACUCUGUGUUUUUUUGUUGUGUUAUUGCUGUUAUUGCUUAAAUUACUGCAAAAAUAUUUGCUUAUUGAUGAAGAUUUAAUACAGAAAGUACUUAUCCUGGGAUACAGGCAUCCUUGUAAUAUAUUUGUGAUGUACUUUGAUUAAAAUCCCCAAAACAAACAAGUGCUUUUUCAAAAUCCCUGUUUCAGAAUAUCAGAUGUAC